GAUGUUGUAGAUCCAGAACAAGCUUAUUUACAUACUCCAGCUGAAGCACUUGGAUCAACACAAAAAGUAGUUGAAGUACAGCUUUAUUUUGUUGAGCUUCCACAUGAACAACUUGCUUCAAAAGCAGAUGAACAAUUUGCCAAUGGAGUCACACAUGAAUUACUCUAGCAUUAUUUCGUUGAAUCACAAUAAGAUUUACUUGAAGUUCCACAUAUACAAUCAGAUGUUGUAGAUCCAGAACAAGCUUAUUUACAUACUCCAGCGGAAGCACUUGGAUCAACACAAAAAGUAGUUGAAGUACAGCUUUAUUUUGUUGAGCUACCACAUGAACAACUUGCUUCAAAAGCAGAUGAACAAAUGGUCGCUAGAGUCACACAUGAAUCACUUUAACAUUAUUUAGUUGAAUCACAAUAAGAUUUACUUGAAGAUCCACAAAUACAAUCUGAUAAUGUUGAUCCAGAACAAGUUUAUUUGCAUUAUCCUGAUGUAGCUGCAAUAUCUACACAAUAAGUCGUGGAGUUGCAUUCUACUGAAUCUCCUCCGCAUCGACAUGAAUUGGAAUUUAAAUUUGUAGUACAUUUUUAUUCACAUACUCCGGCUGAAGCUGAUAUAUCAACACAAACCUAGGUUGAACUACAUACAACUAUGGUAGACGUUCCACAUAUGCAAUUUGAUUUUUUUGAAGAGGUACACAUCUAAAUUGUACAUUUUGAAUCAAUCCAUUCAUAGGGUUAAACACAUCUUGAUUAUGACCUAGAUCGAAUUGGAUAGCAAUCAUCAAGACAUCCAAUAUAGUUAUUACAAGAGGAGCUAUCUAUUCCACCACAAUUUACACACUAUAAACUUGUGGAAAGACCACAUCCUGAUUGAAUGCAUGAUGCAGUUGGUACACUGGGACAAUAUAUACAAGCUAAAUUAUACCAACCACACAUAUCCAUGCAAUCUCCUUCUGAUCCCCAAUCUGAACAUUUAUAGCAACUUGAACCUCCAGGCCACCAACCACAACCUGAUUCUGCAUCACAAUUUGUUUUAUCACCAUUACAUUAAGCUAUUGCUUAUUAUAGAGUCAAACAAACAAGAACUAAUGAAAUCAUAGAGGACUUUUAAAAAUUCAUAUUAAUGUUUUCAAAAAAAAAAUUUGAAGAUAUGAAGAAGGGAUUUAAUUAAUAGAUAUUAAUUUUUCUAGUACAAGUAAGGUUAGUCAAGG